AUGCUGAAAUUAUGGUGCGUUAAGGAUGCUAUUUUACCUUUGAUACAACAAGCAUGGGAUAUUGAGGUAGAGGGAGCUCCAAUAAAUAGACUCUCGAAUAAACUUAGGAAUGUUAAGAAGGCCGUUAAGGAGUGGAAUAAAAAUGGUUUUGGAGAUGUGGGAGAUAAGGUUAUUCAAUCUACCCUGAGGUUAGAAACAGUCCACGAUAGUCUUCGUAAGGAUCCAUCAGAUAUACUUCUUGAUGAAGAGCAAACGGCCAGAGAGGAAUAUGAAGCUACUGUUGCUGAUGAAGAAAUUUUAGUGGCUCAGAAAUCCAGAUUAACAUGGUUAAGGGAGAAUGACAGGUGUACUGCUUAUUUUCAUCAGAAAUUAAAGAAGCAUAGAAAUUUUAAUGCAAUUAUCAAAAUGGAGAAUGAUGAAGGGGAAAUUUUAGUGGAUCCAAAGGUUAUUAGUGACUGGUUUGUGACUUAUAACACUAAAUUCUUCAUAAGGAGUGCUUCUGAGGUUGUGUGUGAUAUAUCCCCUAGAUAUACCUUAGAUAAUAUUAAAAUGGAUUUGUUAGAAGGGUCAGUUACCUAUGAAGAAGUUAAGGCUGUGGUAAUGAACUUUGCUCCUGAUAAAGCUCCUGGUCCUGAUAGAUUUCCUACUAGGUUUACCAAACCUUUUGGGCUGUUGUGGAUAAAGAAGUGA